AAUAGCUGAAAAUUCAACCAGUUGGCGCCAUUCCCUUCAUUACUGCGGCGAUUAGGGUUUCUUCUCCCUCUCGUCUCAGCUGCGGAGAAUAUCCAUCAUUUCUCCCGAUUUCAGAGAGAAAUUCCAGUAUCCUGAAAGACCGACUGCAUCUUUCACUGUAAAUGGAGGAAUCUCAUACUCCCAGCAAGCGGAAAGCUCCGGAACCUUCUGAAUCCACACCCGAUGAAACCCCCAAACCAGAUUCCACACCGAAACGCCGUAGUAUUGCCCGUACAUGUGUCCAUGAGGUUGCGGUUCCCACCGACUACACCUUCGCAAAGGAUUCAGAUGUCUACGGCACUCACUCGAAUCCUACAUACACAGGGGAUCCUGCGAAAUCCUACCCGUUCGAUCUUGACCCAUUCCAGAAAGUGUCAAUUGCAUGUCUGGAACGCAAUGAGUCUGUCCUAGUCUCUGCCCACACCUCCGCUGGGAAGACUGCCGUUGCGGAGUAUGCAAUUGCGAUGUCCUUCAGGGAGAAGCAGCGUGUCAUUUACACGUCUCCUUUAAAAGCGCUUAGCAAUCAGAAGUACCGUGAGCUGCAUCAAGAGUUCUCGGAUGUUGGAUUGAUGACUGGCGAUGUCACGCUAUCACCAAAUGCAAGCUGUCUUGUCAUGACGACGGAGAUCCUACGGGGCAUGCUGUACCGUGGCUCUGAGGUCCUGAAGGAAGUUGCAUGGGUUAUCUUUGACGAGAUCCAUUAUAUGAGGGAUCGGGAGAGGGGGGUAGUUUGGGAAGAGAGUAUUAUAUUCCUGCCGCCUGCAAUUAAGAUGGUGUUCUUGUCGGCGACAUUGUCGAAUGCGACAGAGUUUGCGGAAUGGAUCUGUAGUAUCCAUAAGCAGCCUUGUCAUGUGGUGUACACAGAUUUCCGACCAACCCCUCUGCAGCACUAUGUGUUUCCCAUGGGUGGGUCUGGGUUGUAUCUUGUUGUUGAUGAGAAUGAGCAGUUCAAGGAGGAGAAUUUCAUGAAGUUGCAGGAUGCAUUUGCGAAGCAGAAGAAGCAGCAGGGAGAUGGGAAUAGGAGCGGGGGUCCGAAAGCAGGUGGGAGGAUUGCGAAGGGUGGAACUGCUUCAGGGGGUUCAGACAUUUAUAAGAUUGUAAAGAUGAUCAUGGAACGAAAAUUUCAACCAGUUAUCAUAUUUAACUUCAGUAGAAGAGAGUGUGAACAGCACGCAAUGUCCAUGUCCAAGCUUGACUUCAACACCAAAGAGGAGAAAGAUAGCGUGGAAGAGGUUUUCAAAAAUGCAAUACUUUGCUUGAGUGAAGAGGACAGAAAUUUGCCUGCUAUUGAAUUAAUGCUGCCACUUCUUAAACGAGGUAUUGCUGUACAUCAUUCAGGCCUUCUACCGAUAAUUAAGGAAUUGGUGGAGCUUCUCUUCCAAGAGGGCCUCGUAAAGGCCCUGUUUGCCACAGAAACAUUUGCUAUGGGCUUAAACAUGCCUGCAAAAACUGUUGUUUUCACAUCUUUUAAGAAAUGGGAUGGCGAUAGUCACCGUUAUAUUGGAUCUGGAGAAUAUAUCCAGAUGAGUGGAAGAGCUGGACGACGUGGAAAAGAUGAACGUGGUAUUUGUAUCAUAAUGAUUGACGAGGAGGUGGAGAUGAAUACUCUCAAGGACAUGGUUUUGGGUAAACCUGCUCCUCUGGUCAGUACCUUCAGACUGAGCUACUACUCGAUUUUGAAUUUGAUGAGUCGUAGUGAGGGCCAAUUUACAGCUGAGCAUGUCAUCAAGAAUUCCUUUCACCAAUUCCAGUAUGAGAAGGCAUUGCCAGAUAUUGGUCAAAAGGUUUCAAAGCUUGAAAAGGAAGCUGAGAUGCUUGAUGCCUCAGGGGAGGCCGAACUUGCUGAGUAUCACAAGAUGAGACUUGAUAUAGGCCAACUUGAGAAGAAGAUGAUGUCAGAAAUAAGCAGACCUGAAAGGGUUCUGUAUUUCCUGACUCCUGGUAGGCUGGUUAAGGUACGGGAUGGUGGAACUGAUUGGGGUUGGGGUGUGGUGGUCAGCGUGGUUAAAAAGCCUGCUGCAGCAUUGGGCACUUUACCCUCUGCACUGGCUUCUUUGCGCAGUAGUGUUUACAUAGUGGACACCUUGCUUCAUUGUUCUCCUGGUCUAAGUGAGAAUGGUUCUCGCCCAAAGCCAUGCCCUCCUCGUCCUGGUGAAAAGGGUGAAAUGCACGUGGUUCCUGUGCAGUUGCCUCUAAUUUGUGCUCUCAGCAGUAUAAAAAUAUCUUUAUCUUCUGAUCUCCGGCCAGCAGAAGCAAGACAAAGUAUACUCCUUGCAGUACAGCAGCUGGGGACGCGCUUUCCCCAAGGCUUGCCAAAACUUGAUCCUGUGAAGGAUAUGGGCAUUGAUGAUCCAGAAUUUGUUGACUUGGUUAAUCAAAUCGAGGAGCUUGAGCAGAAAUUGGUUGCUCAUCCACUUCAUAAGUCGUUGGAAAAUGAACAACAAACCAAAUGUUUCGAAAGGAAGGCAGAGGUGAAUCAUGAAAUUCAACAGCUGAAAUCCAAGAUGCGGGACUCUCAGCUUCAAAAAUUCCGUGAUGAGUUGAGAAAUCGUUCAAGAGUUUUGAAGAGGCUGGGCCAUGUUGAUGCUGAUGGUUUGGUCCAAUUGAAGGGACGGGCUGCCUGCUUGAUAGACACAGGAGAUGAACUCCUUGUCACUGAGUUGAUGUUCAAUGGUACAUUCAAUGAUCUUGAUCACCAUCAAGUUGCAGCUCUUGCAAGCUGCUUCAUUCCUGGAGAUAAAUCAAAUGAGCAGAUACAUCUGCGAACUGAGCUUGCAAAGCCAUUACAACAGCUUCAAGACACUGCAAGAAGAAUUGCAGAGAUACAACGCGAGUGCAAGUUGGAGGUCAAUGUGGACGAGUAUGUGGAGUCAACUGUGCGUCCGUACUUGAUGGAUGUCAUCUAUUGUUGGUCAAAGGGUGCAAGUUUUGCUGAUAUUAUUGAAAUGACUGAUAUUUUUGAGGGAAGCAUUAUCCGCCUUGCAAGAAGGCUGGAUGAGUUUUUAAACCAGUUGCGUGCUGCUGCUCAUGCUGUAGGAGAAGCCGAUCUGGAGAACAAGUUUGCAGCGGCUAGUGAGUGCCUCCGGAGAGGAAUAAUGUUUGCCGGCUCUCUCUACCUGUGAUUUUUGCUUUACCUCCAUAUGCAUGCUCAGUGCCGUCGGUGACUCUUUAUAUACCAUCCCCUAGACAGGAAUGUAGAUUUUAUUAAAUUGUUGUUCUUUCAGUUUCUCUUGAGAUCCUUUUCCUUUCUUCA